CCGAACCAUUAUCUCCAUGAUCAAACAGUAUAACCAUCUAGGAUAUAUCCAAGAGGGAGAGAUUAUUAUAGUAGAAGUGUUAUAUACUAAUGGAUAUGGUAAUUGGAAUAUUUUUGCAAAAGGAAAUAGAAUUACACCAAUUGGCUUUUAUUGUAAAAGAUUUCCAUGGUCAGAAAAUAAAUACUCUCUUUUUGAGAGGACCAUCUGGGCUACAUAUGAGGCUUGCAAGGCUAUACAUUCCUUGAUUAAGAACAAUGAAACCAUCAUUAGGACCGAGAUGCCAAUCAUGGAUUGGAUCAAAGCUCCAGGUGAGGCCUGGGUAGGACUUCCGAUUGAACCCAAGGUAUUGCAUUGGAAAUGGUACUUGGCAGACUUUAUAAAACAUCAUCAGGUUACAUCAAAGGGACGAAUCUCACAGUCCUCGGACGCGAUACUGCGUUCAGGGGGUGGAUCGUCCAAUGAUGACCAAGCCUGGUUAAUCCCACCAGAUCUAAUCCCCAAGAAAAAAGAAAAAGAAGAACGACAGCCAAAUAUUGGCACAUGGGGAACAAAGGAGUAUACUGCCUCAGUACCCAAUGCCUGGUUCACGGAUGGCUCUUCCACUACCGUAAAUAACAAAAUAUCUUGGAAAGCUGCAGCCUAUAGGCCAGAAGAUGGUAAGAUAAUCACUGACCAAGGCACAGGAAAGUCUGCACAGCAUGCAGAAGUACUUGCAGCAUUAUUAGCAGCUAGGCAAACUAAAUUAGAGAAUAAAAGAGUGUUACACUUGUACACCGAUUCAUGGUGUGUAGCAAAUGGAAUUGCUGUUUGGUCAGGGAAAUGGAGAAAGACCUCUUGGAAGAUCAAUGGUAAAGAUAUAUGGUCAAUUGAUGCAUGGAAAGAAUUAGAUGAAUUAAGUAAGGAGAUAAAAAUAAUAGUAUAUCACGUAGAUGCUCAUACUUCCAAAAAAGAUGAUAUGCAUAAAUAUAAUGAUGUAGUAGAUAAGUUAGCAAGUUUACUGAGUAAUAUUAAAAUUAAGAAAACUUAUAAGAUUGAGGAUAUUGAUCCUCUUAAAAAGCGAAUUAAAACAGAAUAUAAAAUAGUACCCAAAAAAGAGGAACUCAAACCAACUAUUGAAGUUGGCUUGAGAGAAAUUCAAGCUCUCCAUGAACAAAUGGGACAUAUAGGCACCCAUGCAUUGAAACAAUGGAUGGACCAAAGACAUAUUGAUGUCUCUUGGCAAAAGAUUAGACAAGCAAUUAAACAAUGCAAUGGUUGCCCAAAUGAUAGACUGAGAUUUAAUCACAAUUACCAUGGAAACAUUGGAAGUAAGAAAGGAUUUAAUUCCUUAGUACAAAUAGAUUUUAUUGGACCUUUAAAGAAAUAUAAGAAUUUAUAUGCAUGUACUAUGGUAGAUGCAACCACAGGUCUAGGAAUGGCCAGGGUUGGCACCAAACCAGACCAACAAACUUGCAUUCUAACCAUAUUACAAUGGAGUGCACAAUAUGGAACUCCACAGAUAAUACAAUCAGAUCAAGGAUCACAUUUCACUGGAAAAUUAACACAGAAAUGUGCAGAAACAUUAGGAAUUAUGUGGGACUUUCACCAAAGCUAUAACCCUACUUCUGCUGGAGCGAUAGAAAGGUGGAAUGGUUUGCUAAAAACACAACUGAUGCAUAGAAUAGGUGAAACUCUAUCGAAGGCAAUUUUAUGGGCCACGUUAGAGUUAAACCAAAGACAGAGAUUACAUAGAAAGAGCCCCAUAGAAGAGGCUAUAGCUUACUCCCAAGUGAUAGAAUACCCACAGGAGGAUAAUAGAAACAUAAUCAGACCACAUAUUUGUGUUCACAGGAGCAAAAAGGACGAUACCAUACACAAAGCUGAGGUCGUCGCCCCUGGACCCGGAAAUAAUAUCUGGAUAACCCAAGUUGUCUUUCUCAGAUUGCUACUCAGAAUCUUCAGGAAACGAAGACAUGCCAAGGUCAAGGAAAAAUGGAAAUCCCUCGCGAAGAAAAUGUGAUCUCAUGCAACCAAAUGGACCAAAAAUUGUGUUACUACAUUAUUACAAAUUGCAUUGCCAUACGCUUCAUGAUCUAUUAUAUAAUAUGGGAUUAUUACCUAGAGAAUUUAGAAAUAUCUUUGAUUGCCAUUUUUGCAUAAAUAGAUUCUCUAGUCGAUUCUUGUCUGGCAUAAAUAAGGAUGAUAGAUUAUUGCUUCUAUUACAACAUUUUCUGUUACAUAAUGAAAGAUGGAUAGAAUCACACCCGAUUGAAAGAUUCUUACACAUUCUUGCAAGUCUGAUCUCUUGCUAUAUAUGCAAGGGAACAUAUCCAAACUAUAUGCUAUGCAAGAAUUUAAUUAGACAUCGACCAGAAGAAGCUCAACAACUUCUGGAAGGUGAUUGGUAUUGUAGAAACUCACAAGAGUCGCUCUAUAUUCCAGGAUCUUUACAAUCAUGGUGUAUUAGAACAUUACUAAAACCAGUUUUACAAGGAUUGCUUUUUGAAUAUAAUGCUUAUACAACUUGGUAUGAAAUGAAUAGAAAAUAUAGAAGAAUGAAAAACUUAAAUAUACAAAAAGGGUUACAUCGACAUAUUAUGUCAGUAACUGAGUCCACAGGAUUUCGACGCUAUGACUUUGUAAACCCCCGUCUUGCGGACCUCUGAGAUUCCCCAUGUAUAUAAGGGGAGGAUCAAUAGUGACACCUUUCAUGUUGACAUCAUUUCAGGUGUCAGGGGGUGGAAUGUAGUGAACAUGUAAAACAUAGGAUUUUGUGACCCACAAAAAGCAGAAUUAAGCAAAGUAAAACUAGAGUGAAAUUAAGUGAGACUUGAUAGCUGACAGCUUGGAAGCUGACAGCCUGGAUGCUGAGUGUUAAGACAGAUAAGAGUUUGCUGUGACAUGUGGGGAAUUCCCCCCCCCGACCGUGUGCCGUGACACAUGACUGCUGUGACAUAAGAUUAAGAGUUUGAAGUAAGGUAAUGCGAGUGUUGAGGAGUUAACUUAGAUAGAGCAUAUGGAUGUAUUAGAUUAGAAAUGACUUAAAGUAUAAAAGGAGAAGACUACAGACAGAUGACGUCGCUUGACGACUCCGUCAAGAUGACCUGCUGAAGCUCUGCCCGAGACGCAGGAGCUUCCAGACCUGGAACAGAGGAUCUGCAUCCCUGCUCUGUCCGAGAUGCUGACACGCUGUACCUGAUCCUGACUGCCGAAACAUCGAAGUCGCAGCUCGACCCUGCGAAGCCUGAGACCAGACUACAUCUACCAGGUCGUAUGCCCUCACCUAUAGCAUGAUAGCAUUUAUGAGUGUGUUAGAGAUAUUAUGGGCUGGCAUUAUUUCUGGAUUGCGCUGGCAAUUGUAGUUGUAUCCUUUGUGUGGGCUUGUAUUUGUAUUGUUAAUGAGAGUAAAAGCAUUGAUCAAAACGAAA